CGUGACGUUGCCUUCCAAGGCUUAUGGAUUAAAAGAUAUAUCUUCCACACGCCCAGAAAUACCAAUGGAAAUGCCUAAUGUCGUCCACUCGGCCCCAACUCAUUGUCCACCUUGAGCCCAUACCUUCCUCCCCACUCUACGCCCUCCUCCAACAGUUUCACACAGUAUCCUCCCAAAAAUAUGGCUCGACGGAUGCCCACGCAUACCAUCCCCACGUCUCGCUGACUGGAUUCUGGCAAAUGUCACUCCCAUCCACGCACCACCAACACGCAGACCCAUAUUGCGCUAACCUCGUCCAAUCUUGUCUGAAUGACCGACUCCCACCGCUGGUUCUCCAUCCUCCUCUCAUCCCAGACACAAAAUUAUGCCUGAUUCUUCCCAUAUCCCCUCCCAAAGAAUAUAUUGCCCUGUCAAAGUCGAUUACUCAAAACUUUGAGUCAUGUGAUCGAUUCGUCAAUAGGAUGCGUCCAAAGGCGGUCAAUCAUAUUUCGUUGGCAUAUUUUGCGCCAACACAGGAUGUGUCAGAGGAGGAACAGCGGAGGAUUGUGCAUGGAAUGAAGGAGGUUGCUGAUCAAGUUUUUGGGAAAUGGUUUGAUGGUAGGCCUUCCGUGUUGGUGCCAGAGUGGGAUGUCGUCUACUAUGAACUCACAAGGGAGGCAAAAGAGCCAUUGAAAGGUGAACAGCACGAGUUUAAAGAAAUUGGACGUUGGAGAGUGGCAUAGUUUUUCCCAUUGCGGAAUCAGCAUUACUAUAUUACAUUAAUGGUAUCAGGAAAAAAAAAAAAAGUUAUACAUCAAACUCGAUCAACCGACAUGUUCAAUCCAUCACCACACGGGAGAUGGCUCCAUGAAAUCAACAAAUCCACUCUCUACCAACGAUUCCACACCCGAUCUUGGUCGCUCUGGCGUGGACCGGCGGCGAUCCAGAGUUUCCGAUUUCAAUUCGUCCACGUUUUCACUCAUCUUUUCCGGGUUUGCUCCCUCGUCCUCAAUAUCCACCCACCCAGCCAUAGCCCGCAACGCCUUGGCGCUAUGUCUUCUUACCAAUUUUUCACUACCUUUCAUUUUCUUCUCCAUUCCUAAAACACAUUGCCCUAACCUUCGUCCAACAUUCCACACCGGCGCAAGGACAUGGCGUCGUGGAUCCGC